AGUAGGCCGAGUACUUUCGAGCAAAUUGACGACAAUUAAAACAAUAAUGUCGGCGCACAGCGGUGGAACGGAUUGGAAUUCCGUAGUAAAAGCUCUUCUACUGAACCGCACUGGAGCUCUCAACAAGAACGAAGUAGUUAAUCUGCUUAAAGCCAUCACAAGAUGUGAACAUGAUUUUUUCGAGGAGGAAAGCAAUUUCACGCAGUUUUACACGGCCUUUGCGGCCCUGGCGGCUGACAAACUUAUGCAAAUCGAGACAAUUUGCCAGACCCAGAUUUGUCAGCUGCAUGAUGCCACCGCCGUGCUCAUACGGUUCAUCAUCUACAGGCUGCCUAGGGUGUCCGUGUACGAGACAAAGUGGCUUUUGGGCGCCCUUAAGAUGCUUUGUGAGGGCCGCGAAAAUCCCUCUACUACGUCAACAAACAUGUUUGACUAUAAUGCAGUAGCCAAUGUUCUCAAGAGUUGUAAGCAUCCAGAGUCAACCACCAAGAGCAUACUACCCAGCAGCAGUUCAUCCGGAAGCGGUGCCAGCAAUGACAAGGAGUCGCCCAAGUCAGAGAUUAAACGAUCCCGGUCAGACUUGUCCUCGGUUAUCCUGCAGCAACUGAUAGAUCCUCUGGAGGCCGGGAAGAUGACAUGGGUUCCCCUUAGCCAAGAGUUUACCUUCUGCACUGACCAACUUAUUGCGGCCAAUGUGGAGUACUUCCAGGAGCAGAAUGGAGUUGAUACCCUGCUUGAUGUGUGUGUUGGCUUGCCCAUAUUAAACCGCUACCGGUCCAAAUAUUUGGAGACCAUUAACGGUGGCAAGUCGCUCUAUCUGCCUUUGACGCAAGUAGAGGCCACUACUGUGAAAUCGAGCAUGAAUCACAUGCUCACUGAUCUCACCAUUUUGAGUCAAGCACAUGCAUUGAUUGUGCUACAGCCACUGACUCCUAGUCGGAUUGAACGCCUGUCAGUGUGCGGCAUUGCUGCGCUGUACAAUGCUGUGCUAACUUCAAUAGCCACUAGUGUGCUAGGAAUGAGCCAGCCCGGAUCCCAGAAGCAGCAGACUGCAUCUACUAGUCAAGGCAGCGGAGGAGGAGGUUCUAGUGCUGGGCAAACGAACAAAGACUACGACGACUUUGAGGAGCAGGCCUGCAGCAUAGUUAACAAGGCUCUAGAGAUUUACUCUAAUAUUGGCGAUAUGUUUAAGGCAUCGGCCAGAAUUCAUGUAUAUCAAAACCAUCUCUGCUAUGGCAGCUGGCUGCUUAUUAGCGGCAUCCAAGGAGCAAUGGGUGCAUCCGGAAGCGGCGGAACAAGCUCGGAGACUGCAUCUAAAUCGUCAACCAAAGCGGCCAAGUCUGGAAAUGAGGCUGGAACCGCUCCUACCACACCUAUAGCCAGAGUCAACCUAUUCAAAGUCCAACAAGGUUUUGGGGAACUUAACGCGGCCAUUGCUAACCACAGCAUUAAACUUCUAUCGGAGUUAAUUGAAGAUCUGAAGAUUGAAUCCGCUUGUGGACAAAGUACCGAAUCCACGGAACUGCCGGAGCCCGCGCAAUUCGACAUUUUGCAGAACUACAGUUCCCUAGAGAGGAUUGUACGAGUGCUCAACACCGCUACACUCCACCAACUCUUCACUUUUCUGGCCACGGUAGCUUAUCGCAAGGCUUGUACCUUAAGACGCGCCUCUGCCAAGGAUCGCACAGAAUGCGAACCCAUUAGCUACUCGGACUCUACUACCUACUUUAACGAUUCUCUCUCCUGUUCAGAUAACUCCGAGGAGGACGAUAGCGAGAGUUACCUGGGACACUGGUUUAAAGAAACUCUUUCCCCAGAAACGCAUGACGAUAAUGCAAACACAUCCACACAAGAGCGUGGAGAGCAAAAGAGCGCUCUCGUCCCCAAGUUGGAUGAGCCACAUGAAUAUCUAGAUUUGGCGGCGGACAUAUUCUGUUUCUUGGACCAAUUUCUAGCUAAUCGGCACGCAUACAUGCAGCGCUAUGUAAAGGCUGGAGUGAGUGAUCAGCAAAUGCUGUUAAUGGCUAACAUUAUCAAGGAUUUUGAUAGGGAUGUCAUGCGAAACGAAAGCGUACAGGCUUCGGGAAAUGCCCCAGCUGCAAAUGCAGGAACAAGUGGCCCCGCAGCUGCUGCAACCAAGUGGCAGACCUCGAUGAUUCGCUUUUCAGGAGCAGCCGGUCGUUAUAUUCACAAUUUGAUAUCCACAUCGCUUCUCUCAGAGCAAUUACAGUCCAAUCUGUUGCAGCAUUUGUCUAUAUCGCCGUGGUCAACCGACACAAACACUUGGCCCCUACAGGUCUAUCCGAGUACCUUGUCAGUUCUCGUGCAAAUUCUAUUGCUAAAGCCCACUCAAGAGAAGGAGGCCGCCUGCCUUUCUGUGUGGCAUCGCCUUAUAAACACUCUGGUUGAGGGAGUCUGCUCUUGGUCAGCCGCCAGUGAUUCUGACUACGAAGACUUGAACAUUGAGCACGCACAGCUGCUGCUUUUCUUAUUCCACUCACUGAAUCUGAUGCAGAAGAAGUCAAUACUGCUUCUAACGGCAGGCGGAGUAAUUCGUUGUGCGGAAGUUUGCCGUGGAAUUAGUGGGGAUCGACCCGUAAGAAACAGCCAAAUGAUGCUGUUGUCCCGUUUGCUUCUAUUUUUGGAGUAUCUCAUGAAACACUUGUACAAUGCGCCUCCAGAAUUACUGGACCAGGUACGCUGGAAUCUGUUCAGCGUUAGCAGCAUGCCGGAAAAGACCAUAGAUCUUCUAAACGGCCGUACCUAUUGCCGCCAAGAUAUUGAAGAAAAGUUCCGCAAGUCGGCCGGCGAAUAUGGAUCAGCAAUUCGCCCAACUUUUUAUUCUCUCGUAAUGGGCGAUCCCGAGAAACCUUAUUGGGCACAGGAAUUCAAGUUGGAUGGCUUGGCUUGGAACUUCAUACUCUGCACGCCGGACAAGCUGAAAUAUCCGUUAUUGGUGGAUGCCCUGACUGACAUUCUCUCAAUCACCGACAUGUCUGCAUAUUCCAAAGAAAAGGAGAAGGAAGCAAGCAUGCACAACCUGUGCGCCAUACAAUAUUGCUUUAGCAUCGCCUGGAAGCUGGUUUUGGGUCUGCCACCCUCUACCUCACACGUAGAAGCUCUUCAGGUUGAACGAGCACCCAACCUGCAUUCACUCAUUUGGAGUAUACGCUCUCCCCUGGCCCAUUCUCACUACCUGGUGGUUAAUAGUUUAAUCAAGCAGGGAAUGUAUACCCAAUACGCUGAGACGUUAUGGAAUCAUGUGGGCGAUGUAGCGGCCGAUAUGAAAUACAGUCUUAAGCAAACCAUUCUUGGAGUAGAAGCGUUCAAUUGUCAGAUGAAUGGAAACGGAACCCCCCGCCUGUCCGAUCUCAUCCUUUUCGAUUCUUUGGUGGCCCAUAUGCAGGCGGUUGCUUGGGCCAAUAGGGAGGGCUAUAAGUGGCCCCGCAAGGAGGACGAAGAUACUUCAAACUGGUCAUCCUCCACAUCUGGUACAACAAACGAUCCCGAACUGUAUUCUUCAAACAAGUCAGUCGAUGAAGAAAAAUCAAAAGAUGAAGAGGAUGAUAAGCUGCCCUCAAAUAAGUCAAUGGAUGAGCAAAAAUCAAAAAAUGAAGAGGAGGGAAAGCUUCCUAGUGAUCUUCGGAACGAGCUUAUUAUAAAGCUAAUGGGCUCUUACCGCCUGCUUUCGGUUAUUGUGCGGAGCCAAAUGCUGAAGCAGUUGUCAAGCUCGACUCCGGAACAAUCAUUGAAUCUUAUUGUGCCCAUUGCUAGCGACAAACCAGCUAUUAUGUUGGAGCUGCAUGUAGCAUUUCUCAAACUUCUACCUAAUGAGGACAAACAAUUGAUAGCAAACGAGUGGCCAAAAUGCAUAAUGGUAAAUGAUUCCGCAUUUGAUGGCAGGCAACAUCCAGUAGAACCGUAUACGUUGAACGUGAUUGAUGCUCAUAUUUUAGAGCUGACUCGAGGAGCCAAUUACUCAACCUUGCACACUGUGAAGCACUGUUUGAAAUCAAUCCUACAGUUGUUUGAACUCCUGCUUCCUCAUUGCCCCCGCAACACAGAGAUGAUGGCUCAGCUCAAGCUUUUGUUAACCGCCUCAAUGCUGGAUAUGCGAACUGAUUACUUGCAAGGACAAAGUGAACAGUGUCUACGCGUGAUUCUCUUUGGUAUUACACCGGAGGUAGAGAAGCUUCUGCUCUAUGAGCAUAUGAUUGGAUAUUGCUAUCGCAUGCUCAAAGAUUUUGCAGCUGAGCUUCGCCAGCCACAUGCUGGUGGGUCUAGCGGGGUAGCUCCCUUGGAACAGGAUCGUGCUAUGUUUAACGAGUCUAUGCUAUUUGCCGUGCUCAAAACUAUGAUCAAGAUGCUAGAAAAACCUAUAGCGGUGCGAGCCAUGCAGCAGUUUUUCAUGGAACAUGGGAGUCUUACGACACUUUUACUCUCUUUUACCGGCACUAGUCUGCCCGUCAGCUAUGCGCGUAAGAUGCUGCAAUUCGUUGAACGCCUGUUCCAGCAAUCCAUGCAAGCGGAUUCAGAGUUUCCGCAUGAGGAUCUAGUUGAAUGCUUCUCGGAGCUGGCCACAGUUGAUGUAGCUCGUUUAAAGCUCUGGUUGGCCCACAUCAUUUACGGGCCAAAUGUUAGUACGGAUGUAAGCACCUCCGAAGCAUUAGAUACCACCUGCCGGAUGCUGACAAGCAUUUUACAGCCAUCGAGCAGCUCCAGCAGCAAUGCUCAGACUCCAACGAACAUGGCCACCGUUUCAGCUAUGCCAAGUAUCUCUGACCAGUUGGAUGCCAUGGAUAUUGACUACGACUGCGGAACUGCAGCAGGUGGCGGAGAAAGCGGUGCUGGAACAGGAGGAGCUGCGGCAAGUACCUCUCGUAUCCUGAGCCUGUGGCAAGCUGCUCAACCAAAUCCCUCGGAAGAAUCCUCUCAGGCCUGUGAUCACACUGGAAGCGAACGAAAUGGAGCGCUUCUUUUAAGCUUCGUGAAAUCCUUGGUCAAUGAUCAGAGCAAGGCAUCGCAAAUAGCUCCCCCACUGUUCCAAGCAUUGCUGCAGUUGGGACAAACUUUAAUUUCCCCACCCCAAGAUGGCUGCGAUUUUGCGGAUGUACUCCAGAUAAUGAUUACACUGGCUGACGCCAGCCCCGCACGGGGUCAUGUCGCCUUGUUUAAUACCACGAUACUUUGGCUGGAACUGGCUAAGCUUCAAUUACCGGAAAAGCAUCUCAAGCAUGCGGAAAACGUUAGCGCUCAGCUGCGCUAUCUUAGCGAACUGCUGCAAAGUAUCGGUUAUCGAGGCAGUCGACAACACGUACCGCCAUGGGAUGAUGAAUUGCAGACCGAUAUUGACGAUCUUUAUGACGAGCUGGCCGAAGAGGGGGAGCAGGACUCAUUGCUGGAAGACUCUGAUGAGGAUACGCUGAAUAACAAGCUAUGUACCUUCUCGCAAACCCAAAAGGAGUUCAUGAACCAACACUGGUACCACUGCCAUACUUGUAACAUGAUCAACACAGUUGGCGUGUGCUCCGUGUGCGCAAGGGUUUGCCACAAGGGUCACGAUGUAAGUUACGCCAAAUAUGGAAAUUUCUUCUGUGAUUGCGGAGCCAAGGAGGAUGGAUCCUGUCAGGCAUUGAGCAGGCGACUUGGUACCAGUGAGGUGAGAGAUUCUGCCGGAAUGGGUAGCUACCUACCGUCUCACAUGAGCUUACUAGCCGGAAAAAAGAGGAGCAGCCCACCAGUUAAUCAACCAAUGCCUUCCCGGAAGGAUUCCUUGACUAGCGAACGAAUUGCAGUGCUUAGCAAGCUUUUAGAACCUUAUCGAGAGACUUUGCAACACCAGGAUCAAUGGUUGCUGGUAGUAAAAUGCAUUCUGGAGUACUUUGACGUGUUGCUUCCAUCGAUAAAAGAAAACUGUACGCUAUACUCCAUUGUGGGCUGCCACAAGAGGGCGAAAACGGCCUUGGAGCGACUCCACCAACUUGAGCAAAGCUUCCAAGUUACAGAUCAACUUAUGUUCGCCACAUUGGGCUCACAAGAGGGGGCCUUUGAGAAUGUGCGGAUGAACUACUCUGGCGACCAGGGUCAGACUAUAAAGCACUUAAUCUCUUCUGGAGUAGUCCGACGUGUUGCAUUCUGUUGCUUGUCAUCGCCCCACGGGCGUCGCCAGCAGUUGGCUGUCUCCCAUGAGAAGGGAAAGGUAACUAUUCUUCAACUGUCGGCACUGCUUAAACAGGCAGAUGCCUCUAAGCGAAAGUUAACUCUAACACAGCUGAGUUCAGCGCCCAUUGCUUGUACGGUUUUGUCCCUGGCUGCAAACCCCUGCAAUGAAGAUUGCCUGGCAGUUUGUGGCUUGAAGGAGUGUCAUGUGUUAACCUUUUCAAGCAGUGGCAGUACCAACGAGCACAUUGUGGUGAGUCCUCAACUGGAAAACGGAAAUUACAUAAAGAAAGCUGUGUGGUUGCCUGGCUCACAAACUCUUUUGGCAAUUGUCACCUCCGAUUAUGUUAAGAUCUAUGAUUUGGCAGUGGAUACCUAUAGUCCGAAGUACUAUUACUUAGUGGCCGUGGGCAAGAUUAGGGAUUGUACCUUUAUGUACCAGGAUGGUAACUAUUACAUGCUAAGCUUUGCUAGCAGUGGAUACAUUUAUACCCAGCAGUUGGAUCAACAAAGUUUAGCGGUCCACGGCGAUUUCUAUGUGACCAAUACCUUGGAGCUGACUCACCAACAUAUCAAGGAUAUUAGUGGCCAAGUUGGUGGCGGUGGAGUGUCCAUCUAUUAUUCCCAUACCCUGCAACUACUCUUUUACAGUUACUCCUCUGGUAGGAGUUUCUUUUCACCACUCACCAAUGUAAACGAUGGAGUGAGGGGAAUUUACCAUCUGGACACCAAUUCGGCCAGCAAGUCUGCCUCGAAGGGACCACUACAGCCACUGGUUCAAUGGACCGAGGUUACAGGACAUCCAGGAUUGAUAUAUGCCAGCAUGCAGACAUCAAACAACCCUAUUAUAUUGAUGAUAACUCCCGAGCGGAUUUACCUGCAAGAGAUCAAGGCACAGUCGGCUAAGUCGCGAAUAAUGGACGUUGUUGGCAUCCGUCAUGCAGUGGCCGGAGUGGAGAAAACCACGCUUUUGCUGCUUUGCGAGGACGGAAGCCUUAGGAUCUUCUCCGCUCAACCAGAACACACGAGCUUCUGGCUCUCACCACAAGUUCAGCCAUUUGGUAACCAGCUUUAUACAUCCACUUUGAUGGCUAAGGGAGGAAUUAGUUCAACACCAAAAUCCAAGGCUAAUGCAGCGUCUGGAAAGCUGAACAACAGAAAGGCAAGCCAACAACAGAAACAACUCGAGGCAGGAGGUCAUCCUGUGUUCCCAAUUGACUUUUUUGAGCACUGCAACAUGCUGGCUGAUGUGGAAUUCGGAGGCAAUGAUCUGCUCCAGAUUUACAACAAACAAAAACUAAAGAUGCGUCUAUUCUCAACGGGAAUGUUUGUGGCCAGCACCCGUGCGAGUGGCUUUACUCUUGAGGUGAUCAACAAUGAUCCCAAUGUGGUUAUCGUAGGAAUAAGGGUCUUACUUGGAACUCAGGAUGUUCAGCGUGCUCCGGUAUCAGUCACCAUCCUGGGACGCACAAUUGCUACACCGGUGCGAAGGGCUCGCUGGUUCGACAUUCCUCUGAUCCGGGAGGAAAUGCUGCAGUCAGACAAGCUGUUAAAGGUCAUAUUUGCCAAGUCUCAAGACCCGGAAAAUGUGACUCUACUGGAUUGCAUUGAGGUCUAUGGCAAGUCUAAAGAGUUGGUAGGCUGGCCCGACGAAAGCGAGGAUGCCGCUGCUCCAGGAUCAAGUGUGCCAGCAGUAUCUUCUUCACAGGCAAGUAGCGCCAACUUUGGAGAGGGAUUUAACUGUAUUACCCAGCUGGAUCGAAUGGUUAAUAACCUUUUGGAGGUCAUGGACUGUGCGCUUCACUUGUUGGGAUCUAGUGUGCCUUCCCCCAUCCGGCAAAAGGCAGUAAAAACAGCGAGUGCCCUCUUGUUGUUGCCCACGCCCAAUCCUGUCCAGACCCAGGCCCGAUAUGUUUUGGCCACUCUUUACGGAACCAGGGCAUCUUAUCACAACUACAAAGAUGGAGUACUACUUCAGUUCGUUCAUGGAGAACUCCAGGCUUUGCAGCCAAAGCUCGAAAAACUGGAAUCUCUACAGGAGAUCGAUCCUGAGGCCUUCUACCGCCUUAUUCUCCUGGUUCGUGGCAUCGCCAACGCCCGUCCACAAUCUCUAGCAAAAAUCUGCGCUGAGAACAACUAUGAUAUUGUGCCAACCCUCAUGGGAUUUGUCUUGGAGUUGCACAAGGUCACCCCGGCAUUGGAUGAGCCCAUUAAUAUUGUGAAACGAGGCUUGUGCCAGGCAGAGACCAUUGUUCAUUGCCUCGUCGAGAUUAUGUACGGAUUUGCUUUAGCUGACCCCGGCCAGGUCGGACGGAUGACCAAGUACUUCAUCGAUUUGCUCAAGCAUGAUGCUAGCGUUAUUAGCCACAGCGCAAAGGAGGCAUUGAUCUUGUUGCUGAGUCCGAGAGUGAAACGCAGAAAGGUAGCCAUAGUCACACCACCGGCUAGCUCUACACCUACGCCAUCCAACGCCGCCAUGCAAGCGCUCCAAGCAGUGGCUGCUUCAGCUGCUAAUGACAUUAUUGAGGAAGCAGCUGCUGUUGCUGUAGAUGCUGCAGCCGGAAGUGGUGGAAUACCCGAUCCGAAUCCGGAAGCAGAAGGUGGAGUAGUGGGGGCAGGAGGUGUGGGCCAGCAACAGAUGCUCAACCUCGAAGCCUUCAUGGGUGGCAGUUUCCCUCGCUUACUGGGUCUUCCCGAAGAUGCGGAUGAUGAAACCAUUAUGGAUAUUGCUAUCGCAUUAAGUCUCCAACAGCAUGGAGGAGAUGCAAAUGCCUUGCAGUCACUUCAGCAAGGAUUGGCCAAUCUUCAGGGCAUCCGUCAGGCUGCAGCCAUGGCAGCGGCAGUGAACACAACGGCCAGUGUCUCCGCAGGUGGUUCUGAUGACGAUGAAGCUUCAAAUGUGGCAACCGAUGGAUCAACAUUGCGGACUUCACCAGCAGAGCCCGCUGGUAGUGGUGGAUCAGAGAGUGGAGGCAGCGGUGUGGAGAGUAUCGGUGGAACAUCUGCCAGAAGCAGUAAUUUUGGCGAUCAUGCGAAUGCUUCGCCUCCUCGACAGGGUUCCACAAAGGAUGAUCAAGAGCAACCUGGUCCAAGUGGCAUAGGUGGUUCCGGCGGUGUUGCUGGCUUGAGUGCCAUGAGCAGCAGCGAGGAUAACGAAAUCAACGAGGACGAGAAGCUCAGCAAGCUACAUGAUCUACGAAUUGCUGUGCUAGAGAGUAUUAUUCAACACCUGGGCACAUUUGAUCUAUGCAAUGGCCUUCAGGCAAUACCACUAAUCCAGGUAAUUCUCAUGCUCACCACCGAUCUUAAUGGCAACAAUGAGAGAGAUCAGCAGGUACUUCAAGAUCUACUCACUGCUCUCGUGGAGUAUGUGGAAAUUGGCAAACGGGGAGCUGCCUCAAGGAUGGAAACAAAGUGUCCUGGCAAUGAGGUGCGUCUGGCAUUGCUCUCACUGUUUGGAGUCAUGAUGGGUAAGACAAAGUCAAAGCAGACUGGAACCACAUCGCCACCGCAUCAAUUCAAGGACAACAGCUCCUUUGUGGCCAGUACCACAGCCAAUGUUCUCAGCAAGAGUGGAGCAUUUGUUUAUGCUUUGGAAGCAUUGAACACGCUCCUGGUUCACUGGAAGAACGUGCUAGGUGAUCCCUACGCAGCGGGUGGUGGAGUGGCAGCCUCGCAGGCAGCUCAACCGAGCGGUGGAGCUUCAGGUCCAGGAGUUCAGCUACUGAAACCCAUUAAACAUGGACCUAAACCUGAUAUAUCCAUAUUAAUUCCACAUAACUAUCUGAAAAACUACCCGGAUAUAUUUGAAUCGUAUGAUGGUCUGCUAACUGAGAUUAUUGUACGAUUGCCGUACCAAAUUCUUCGCUUAAGUAGCGCCCAUCCAGACAACUAUGAUAGUGGCUUCUGCGAAGCCAUGACCUUUACACUUUGUGAGUACAUGAUGCUUAACCUAAACACUUUGCUUCGUCGGCAAGUGAGAAAGCUGCUCAUGUACAUCUGCGGCAGUAAGGAAAAGUUCCGCAUGUACCGCGACGGUCAUUCCCUGGAUGCUCAUUUCCGGGUUGUCAAACGGGUGUGUAACAUAGUCAGCAGCAAGACUGGGGCUCCCUACAAUGCCAAUCCUCCUUUGCUUACUUAUGAUGCUCUGGUGGAGCUGACAGAGCAUCUACGUACUUGCCAGGAGAUAAGCCAGAUGCGUACCGGCAACUGGCAGAAGUUCUGCGUCGUUCAUGAAGAUGCGUUGGCCAUGCUGAUGGAAAUUGCCUGCUACCAGUUAGAUGAUGGGGUGUCCCCCAUUAUUAUUCAAUUGCUGCAGGCGGCUGUUUGUAACUUGCCCUCUCCUAAUGGAUCUAAGCAGGCACAGCCGCAACCAUCGACCUCGUCGUCAUCUGGAAAACUUCGGACCGAUCGGGAGAAGAGCGAGGACACAGAUGCUUAUUACUCCAAGUUCGAUCCUGCCCAGUGCGGGACAUUUGUUCAUCAGAUCUUUAGAUACGCAUGUGAUGCGCUGAUCAUCCGGUUUGUGAGGAUCUUCCUGUUGGAGAAUAACAUAAGCCAGCUGAGAUGGCAGGCCCACUCUUUUAUGACCGGACUUUUUGAGCAUGCUAACGAACGACAGCGGGAGAAACUGCUAAACAUAUUCUGGAACCUAUGGCCCUUGGUACCCACUUAUGGUAGGAGGACAGCGCAGUUUGUAGACCUCUUGGGAUAUCUGACACUAAGCACCAGAAGUAUCACUGAGCGACUGCCAGAGUUUGUUUCCCGGGCUGUUGACGUUCUCAGACAGCAGAAUGAACUGCUAUGCAAGCAUCCGAAUGCUCCAAUAUACACAACCCUUGAGUCUAUUCUUCAAGUAAACGGCUACUAUCUCGAAUCGGAGCCUUGCUUGGUGUGCAACAAUCCAGAGGUGCCGAUGGCCAACAUCAAAUUGCCAUCAGUUAAGUCAGAUUCAAAGUACACAACGACCACUAUGAUCUACAAACUGGUGCAAUGCCAUACUAUUUCCAAGUUGAUAGUAAGAAUUGCUGACUUGAAGCGAACAAAGAUGGUAAGGACCAUAAAUGUUUACUAUAAUAACCGCAGUGUCCAGGCGGUGGUGGAGCUCAAGAAUCGCCCAGCACUGUGGCACAAAGCGCGUUCAGUGUCCCUGCAGUCCGCACAAACCGAAUUGAAAAUCGAUUUUCCACUGCCGAUCACGGCUUGUAAUUUGAUGAUCGAGUUCGCAGAUUUCUUUGAAACUGUAAGUGGAUCAAGUGAGAAUCUGCAAUGUCCAAGAUGCAGUGCAGCAGUACCGGCAUACCCGGGAGUAUGUGGAAAUUGCGGCGAAAAUGUGUUCCAAUGUCAUAAAUGUCGGGCUAUCAACUACGAUGAGAAGGACCCGUUCCUGUGCCACUCAUGUGGCUUCUGCAAGUACGCUAAAUUCGAUUUUAGCAUGUACGCUCGUGUGUGCUGCGCUGUUGAUCCUAUUGAAUCAGCAGAGGAUCGAGUGAAGACCGUUACACUGAUACACAGUUCCUUGGAACGAGCGGAUAGAAUUUACCGUCAAUUGCUAACCAACAAGCAAAUGCUGGAGCUACUUAUACAGAAGGUAGCUGAACACCGGAGCAGCGACCGCAUGGUUGAGGACAACAUGGCCAGUGUACAUAGCACUUCGCAGGUAAACAAAAUCAUACAGCUGCUGGCCCAGAAAUACUGCGUAGAAUCACGGACCAGUUUUGAGGAACUAAGCAAGAUCGUCCAGAAAGUGAAGGCUUGUCGCAGCGAACUGGUGGCUUACGAUCGUCAACAGCAGGAUCAGCCACCUAUCAAUCCCGGCUCGUCAACUGGUGCCGAGAAUCCUACAACAAAUCGAUGCUACGGAUGUGCCCUGGCGUCCACCGAGCAGUGUCUUACUCUUCUCAGGGCCAUGGCUUACAACUACGAUUGUCGCGUUGGACUAUAUAGCCAGGGACUAGUGAGUGAACUAGCCGAGCACAACCUUCGGCGAGGCACACCCCAGAUUCAGGAGGAGGUGCGCAACCUUCUGGUUGUGUUGACUAAGGAUAAUUCCGAGGCAUGCAUGCACCUACUACAACUGGUCACUACGAGGGUAAAGAAUGCGCUAAUGGGAUCGAUCCCCUUGAUUAGUUUGGAAGCAGCUGUGCAUCAGGAAAUGACACUGUUGGAAGUGCUUUUGGGCCAAGACGACGUAUGCUGGGAGUACAAGCUUAAAGUUAUCUUUGAGUUGUUCAUUAGCAAUUGCAGAUUGCCUCGUGGUCCGGUAACAUCGGUACUGCAUCCCUGCCUACGCAUUAUGCAGAAUCUCAUCUGCCCGGUGCUGCCGAGCAGCAAGCCAAACCAGAAAGUGGCAACCACAGAUCUGUGCAGUAUGAAGCUCCUUGAGGGCAAUACCGUGGACUACAGAGCAUGGCUUAACUCAGAUCGCAAUCAUGAGUAUGCCGCUUGGAGCAGUCGGAUGCCUAGCAAUAGCCAGGUAAAGCAAAAGAACGCCAAGGAGCAGACACCUCCAGCAGCGGGUACUGGUGGUUCAGCAGCACCAGAAGCCCCGCCAAAGACCAGACGAGAGGUGCGGGCCGCCUUCCUAGUCGAAAAGUAUGGAAAACGCUGGCGUGAGCAUGUGCUGGACAAACAACGAGUGAUAAAGCCUCUCGUUUUUAAUGCUAAGUGGAUCCAGCCGUUGCUUUUUAAUGCAAACUCCAGAUUUGGUCGCCAGCUGGCGUGUUCACUACUGAGCAGCUUGAGCAGAACGAACGAAAGAAAGCAACAGUCCUUAAACAUGCUUACAUCGUUCUUAAAGCAUGUAGGCGAAGCUGGCGAGGCCAGUGCGGAAUAUUUAAUGCUGUACAAGAGCAUGGCUACGGAGCAACCCUGGCUGCAGUAUUUGGUGCUGAAAGGAGUACUUGGCCAAAUCUCUCAGCUUCUGGCUAUUGAAAUAAGCAAGGUGCAUCGUAUGGAAGAGCACUCUCUCUCCUCUGAUUUAUCACUGGGAUAUGCUCUGCGACAGUAUGUGGAAUUAUUGUGGCUACUGCUUGAGUGUCCCAACAUCCGCAGGACCUAUAAAACUCGCAUGCUAGGUCCUGUUUUGGAAAGUUAUCUUGCCUUAAGAAGCUUGGUAGUGCAGCGAACACGACUAAUAGACGACGCCCAGGAGAAGCUGCUUGAGAUGCUAGAGGAUAUGACCAGCGGUACCGAAGAAGAGACGCGAGCCUUCAUGGAAAUCCUUAUCGACACCGUAGAGAAGACGCGCAUGAAUGAUAUAAAAACUCCUGUGUUUAUCUUUGAGCGGUUGUACUCCAUUAUACAUCCUGAGGAGCACGACGAAAGUGAGUUCUAUAUGACUUUGGAAAAGGAUCCCCAGCAAGAGGACUUCCUGCAAGGCCGCAUGCUGGGCAAUCCGUAUCCCUCAAGUGAAAUGGGAUUGGGUCCACUAAUGCGAGAUGUCAAAAAUAAAAUCUGUACGGAUUGCGAACUAAUCGCCUUAUUGGAAGACGAUAACGGCAUGGAACUGCUAGUAAAUAACAAAAUCAUUAGUCUGGAUCUGCCCGUCAAAGAUGUAUACAAAAAAGUCUGGUUAGCUGAAGGUGGCGAUCGAGAUGCCAUGAGGAUUGUUUAUCGCAUGCGCGGUCUUCUAGGAGAUGCUACCGAGGAAUUUGUGGAAACCCUAAAUAACAAGAGUCAGGAGCAGGUGGACACUGAACAGCUCUAUCGAAUGGCUAACGUUUUGGCUGACUGCAAUGGGCUGCGAGUAAUGCUGGAGAGGAUUGGUAGUCUGCAACGCAUAUCGCGCAAUCGAGAGCUGAUCCAGGUGCUUUUGAAACUUUUCCUUAUUUGCGUAAAAGUGCGCCGUUGCCAAGAAGUUCUCUGCCAGCCUGAAAUUGGAGCCAUUAACACAUUGCUCAAGGUGCUACAAAUGUGUCUCCAAUCGGAAAACGAUUCAAUCCAGUCAUCCGUCACCGAGCAAUUAUUGGAGAUCAUGGAAACGUUACUCUCAAAGGCAGCCAGCGAUACGUUAGAUUCGUUCUUACAAUUCUCGCUAACAUUCGGUGGGCCGGAGUAUGUGAGUGCCUUAAUAUCAUGCACAGACUGUCCGAACGUUAGAAACAAUCCCUCGGUGCUGCGCCAUCUCAUUCGUGUGCUUGCCGCUUUGGUUUAUGGCAAUGAGGUGAAAAUGGCUCUAUUGUGCGAACAUUUUAAGGACACUCUGAGCUUUAAACGCUUUGACAACGAGCGAACGCCGGAAGAAGAGUUUAAAUUGGAACUUUUCUGUGUGCUGACUAACCAAAUCGAGCAUAACUGCAUUGGUGGCACUCUUAAGGACUACAUAGUUAGUCUGGGCAUCGUAGAGCGAUCGCUAGCAUACAUCACAGAGCAUGCGCCUUGUGUCAAACCCACUCUCCUGCGAACGGACUCCGAUGAGCUGAAAGAGUUCAUCUCGCGACCAAGCUUAAAGUAUAUACUACGCUUCCUCACCGGUCUCUCAAAUCAUCAUGAGGCAACGCAGGUGGCUAUUAGCAAGGACAUUAUACCCAUUAUACAUCGCUUGGAGCAAGUAUCUAGCGAUGAACAUGUGGGCAGCUUAGCCGAAAACCUUCUUGAAGCCCUUUCUACAGACUCAGCCACAGCAGCGAGAGUACAGCAAGUGCGUGAUUUCACAAGAGCAGAAAAGAAGCGGCUGGCUAUGGCCACGCGGGAAAAGCAGCUUGACGCCUUGGGAAUGCGCACGAACGAAAAGGGCCAGGUGACUGCCAAAGGAUCUAUUCUGCAGAAAAUCGAAAAACUGCGUGACGAAACGGGCCUGACAUGCUUCAUCUGUCGCGAGGGUUAUGCCUGCCAGCCGGAUAAGGUGCUGGGUAUCUACACGUUCACUAAGCGCUGCAAUGUCGAGGAGUUUGAGCUUAAGUCAAGGAAGACAAUUGGCUACACCACGGUUACUCACUUCAACGUGGUGCACGUUGACUGCCACACAUCAGCCAUUCGAUUGACUCGAGGCAGAGAUGAAUGGGAGAGGGCUAGCUUGCAGAAUGCUAACACCAGGUGUAAUGGAUUGCUGCCUCUUUGGGGUCCUGCCGUUGGAGAGGCAGCUUUCUCCGCUUGCAUGACCCGGCACAGCAGUUACAUGCAGGAAAGCACCCAGCGCUGUGACAUCUCCUAUACAAGCAGCGUACAUGAUUUGAAGCUUCUGUUGUUGCGAUUUGCCUGGGAACGCAGCUUCCAUGACGAUGCUGGCGGAGGAGGUCCGCAGUCUAACAUGCACUUUGUUCCCUACCUGCUCUUUUACUCUGUCUAUCUGCUGCUUUCUUCACGAUCUGCGGCCAGGGACAGUAAGACUUUGCUUACAUAUUUGCAGGCAGCACCCAAUGAAAAAUGGUUGGAAUGCGGAUACGAGGUAGACGGCCCUCUAUACAUGGCAACCAUUUCGCUCUCGCUUCAUAGUCGCGAGCUGUGGAAUAAGCAUAAGUUGGCGCAUCUGAAGAGGAUGGUAGCCGUGGCCCAGGCCCGACACAUCUCGCCGUCGGUGCUGUGCAAGGCCUUGCUAGCACCUGCGGAUCGGCAGACUAAGGAUUACUCUGUAUACAAGCCUUUCCUAAUGAUGUGGGCACUGGUAGACUUGAUCUACAACAACCUAUUCAAGACGGUAACCACCCCAAAGGAGGAGGAUUGGCCUAUAUCGCUGUUCGACUACCUGCGAAAGAAUGAUGAGGCUUUGCUGAAGUCCACAGACAGCAUCCUGCAGACACUAACAGAUGAGUUCCUGCCGUGCGCUUCUUUCGGAGAGUUCUGCGAUGUGGCUGGUCUUCUGCAUCUCAUUGAACAGCCGGACAGCUUUAUCGAAGAAAUUCUUGUAGCCCUGCCUUCAACCACAAGCUCUAGUUAAAAUGCAAUCGAUGAUUCGAAUCCAUAGAAUUCGAGGCAACGACUUGCUUAUAUGUAAACAUACAGCAUAAAUAUAUAUAUUUAUCACAUCAAAAUAUUUAAUCAAUAAAAAUUAUUCGUUUGCACAAUGAA